AUGCGUUCCACCAUGCAGACCAGUCUCCUUUUCCGAGAGACAAGGAAGGUCGCGGUCGCGCAGCGUCUACCCCUCUUUAUCGAGGCUCUUCAUCGUCGCGAUUUCCCGGCCCUUGCCGAACUGACAAUGCGCGAGAGCAAUGCACUGCAUGCCGCCUGUCUCGACUCCUGGCCGCCGGCCAUCUUCCUCAACGAGACCAGCUUUGCUGUUAUGCGUUUUAUACAGCUA